CCUCUCAUCUACCAUGCCCAGAGAAUGAAGUCUCCAGUCACACUGAUAAAAAAUAUCUUACUAUACAUCCUUCUAGUAAUGCUGGCUCAAAGGAACUAUCAAGUUCACGGAUUUGAUAACAGUGAUUGUCCGGUAGAAAUUCAAGUACAAAGAAACUCUGAAUACAUCACUAAUAUUGGUAAUUCCUUGAUCAUAUACUGUCCAGUCCGUUACUGCAAGGAAAGGCCCUUCAUCCAGUGGUGCAAGAUAGAGGUGCAUGGAUGUGUGCCGCUGGAUGACAGCAAAGCAGAAUGGAAUUCCACCGUUUUUAUUCUGAAGUUUUUCGCCAUUCACCAGAAUGAUAGCGGGAUGUAUCGCUGUCAAGCAGCAACGGGCAACUUUCUCAGCGAGAGCAACGAAAUAAAGGUUAUUGUUGAAGAAAUGCCUGAGAACAUUAUCACAGCUUCAUCAGAAAGUAAGUUCUGA